CGCGUUCUCACUAGUCGAACGGUGCCCGACCGGUAACGUAGCGCCGACUGCCGACCGAGAGACGAACAGCGAAAAUGUCCGCCGUGGCGAAGUCCUCCAAGUACACCUACCGCAGCAGCGGUGGCGGCACCACAGACGUCAACAUCGAGUACAGCGCCGACCUGAGUGCUCUCUCCAGAUUGGAGGACAAGAUUCGUCUCCUCCAUGAUGAUCUGGAAUCCGAAAGAGAGCUGCGUCAGAGGAUCGAAAGGGAGAAGGCAGAUUUGAGCGUGCAAGUAAUUCAACUCUCUGAGAGGCUGGAGGAAGCUGAAGGCGGAGCCGAGAGCCAGUUCGAGAUCAACAGGAAACGCGACACCGAGUUGACCAAGCUCCGCAAACUACUGGAAGAUGUUCACCUUGAGUCUGAGGAGACUGCUCACCUGCUCAAGAGGAAACACCAAGAGAUCGUGGUGGAUUUCCAGGACCAAAUCGACCAGCUUACCAAAAGCAAAGCCAGGGUAGAGAAAGAAAAGUCGAAGUUCCAAGCUGAAGUAUACGAGCUACUGGCUCAAGUUGAGAAUGUGACCAAGGAGAAGAUCACUGUCCAGAAGGUCGUUGAAAAGCUAGAAAUUACCAUCAGCGAACUGCACAUCAAGAUUGAAGAGCUGAACCGCACCAUUGUGGACAUCACCUCACACAAGCAGCGUUUAUCUGUAGAGAAUGUUGAGCUCACCAAGGAAGUUCAGGACCUUAAGGUCAACCUUGAGAACACGGUGUACCUCAAGAGCCAGCUGAUCAGUCAGCUGGAAGACGCGCGCCGCAGGCUCGAGGAUGAGGACAGAAGGCGCUCUUUGCUCGAGGCUAACUUGCACCAGGUUGAAAUCGACCUGGAGUCCGUCCGCGUGCAGUUGGAGGAAGAGUCUGAGGCCCGUUUGGAUCUGGAACGGCAGCUAGUUAGGUCUAACGGCGAGCUGCAGCACUGGAAGUCCAAGUUCGAAGCCGAGGCUGCCGCGCGUGCGGAGGAAAUCGAGGAGAUCCGCCGCAAGUACUCUAUCCGCAUACAAGAGCAAGAGGAACAAAUUGAGACUCUCAUCGCCAAGAUCAGUAACGUUGAGAAACAGAAAUCUCGUCUCCAGAGUGAGGUCGAAGUACUUAUCAUCGACCUAGAAAAGGCGAACGGCACAGCUCGGGAGCUGCAAAAGAGAACUGAGCAGCUUGAGCGUGUGAACAUCGAGAUCAAGUCGCGUCUUGAAGAGACUGUGCAGCUGUAUGAAGUGACUCAGCGCGACCUUCGCAACAAACAGACAGAGCUUCAACGAGUUAGCCACGAGCUGGACAAGACUCGCGAGCAGAAGGACGCUCUUGGCCGCGAGAAUAAGAAACUGGGUGACGACUUGCACGAAGCUCGCGCUAACAUCACCGAGUUGACCCGCCGUCUUCACGAGCUCGAGAUCGAGCUGCGCCGUCUUGAGAACGAGCGAGAAGAACUCACUGCCGCCUACAAAGAAGCUGAGGCCGGCCGCAAAGCAGAGGAGCAGCGCUCGCAGAGGCUGACUGCCGAGUUCAGCCAAUUCCGCCACGAGGCAGAGCGCCGCCUCCAGGAGAAGGAGGAAGAGAUUGAAGCCAUCCGUAAGCAGACCAGCAUUGAAAUCGAGCAGCUUAACGCUCGUGUGGUUGAAGCCGAGACCAAGCUGAAGACGGAGGUAACACGCAUCAAGAAGAAGCUGCAGUUGCAAAUCACUGAACUAGAACUCUCUUUGGACGUUGCCAACAAAACCAACAUCGACCUUCAGAAGACCAUCAAGAAGCAAUCGCUUCAGCUCACUGAGAUUCAGACCCACUACGAUGAGGUCCAGAGGCAGCUCCAGGUGACGCUUGACCAGUACGGCGUCGCCCAGCGUAGAAUACAAUCGCUCACAGGCGAGGUCGAGGAGAUUCGUGGCAAUUACGAGCAGGCCCUUCGUGCUAAGCGCUCUGUGGAGCAGAUGUACGAGGAAUCUCAGACCCGCAUCAACGAGUUAACAGUGAUCAACGUAAACUUGUCAAGCAGCAAGGCCAAGAUUGAGCAGGAGUUGGCCGCUGUUGCCGCCGACUACGACGAGAUCACCAAGGAACUGCGCGUGGCUGAUGAGAGAUAUCAGCGCGUCCAGACUGAGCUGAAACACACCGUCGAGCACCUACACGAUGAGCAGGAAAGGAUUGUAAAGAUCGAAGCCAUCAAGAAGUCUCUCGAGAUCGAAGUUAAGAACCUCUCGGUUCGUCUUGAAGAAGUUGAAACCAACGCUAUCGUCGGUGGAAAGCGCAUUAUCAGCAAACUUGAGGCCCGUCUUAAGGACCUGGAGCUAGAGACGGAUGAGGAGAAGAGGAGGCACGCCGAGACCAUUAAGAUUCUCCGCAAGAAAGAGCGUCAACUCAAAGAAGUCAUGAUUCAAUGCGAGGAGGACCAAAAGAACAUUGCUCUCCUCCAGGAUUCGCUUGAGAAGGUGACUCAGAAGGUCAACAUCUAUAAGAGGCAACUCACUGAACAGGAGGGCAUGUCCCAGCAAUCGGUUACGAGGGUACGACGAUUCCAGCGCGAACUCGAGGCGGCCGAAGACCGCGCCGACGUCGCUGAAAGCAACCUGACUCUGAUCCGCGCCAAGCACCGCACCUUUGUCACCACCUCCACUGUGCCCGGCUCUCAGGUGUAUCUGGUGCAGGAGUCCCGUGCGCUCAGUUCGGAGUGAGAACCCUAUCCCCCGCCCCGCUAAGCAUUUCUCUCCACCAGUCGAUAUCGGGGCUCAAAUUCCGGUCGGGUAUAAGCCUAGUCGUUCGUUAAGUGAUGUAAAAUAGCGGCGGGCGGCGCCGGCGCAUAUACGUGUCGACGCAGCGCGCCGUUAGACCGG